AUCUGCUCCGACCCACUGAUGAAGAAGGAGGAGGAGGGAUUCUUUAGCUUGGGGUAAAUCUCCCUGGGUUUGAGGACAGUCAGGUUGCUUCUUGCACUCUGAAUCACAAAGCUGAGAGAGAGUGUUGGUGGCUCACUGGCACAGAGAGGCAGAGAUUUGCACCGAAACCGUCACCUGAAGCACAGCAGCCACAGAGGGGCAUGGCAUUUGCAGGGAUGCUGAGUGAGGAGGACAUCAAGGCUGCGGUCCAGGCUUGUCAAGCUCCAGGCACAUUCAAAUUCAGGUCCUUCUUUGCACAAGUGGGACUCACCGGCUCAUCUGAGGCGGAUGGAAAGAAAGUCUUUGAAGUCCUGGACCAAGACCAGAGUGGAUACAUUGAGGAAGAGGAGCUAAAACUUUUCCUUCAGAAUUUCUCUCCGGGGACAAGGGAGCUGACUGUGGGUGAGACCAAGACUCUUUUGGCUGCAGGCGAUAAGGAUGGUGAUGGCAAGAUUGGGAUGGAAGAAUUCUGCGAUCUCCUGAAAUUAAGAGAAUGACCACACGUGGCGACAGCUGGCUUUCCUUAUGUUGAAGAAUGACGUUUUUUUAAUGGAAAUCCCGACAUUGCAGACGGUGUGAUGCAAAGAACUUCAGAUAUAAUGUAAUGUAAUGUCUGCUGUUUCCCUUGUUGUUGUGAUACAGUGAUGCACAAUAUGUUUGGCAGACAUAAAGAUGGACGUAAAAUGUGUUUGUAUUUCAAGUAUGUGGUAUGUAUUAUUAAUACAUGUGUUUACUAAAUGUGAUAUUACUGUCUGUUUAUGUUGUCCCACUGUAAUAAAAAAUACAUAAUAAGAGUGCCCAUAGAUUGUC